UGUGCUUUACAGCUGAUCUUGUUCUCUGUGGUCCCCUCACUGAUCAUUAUAUUUGUGAUACUGGAGCACAAUGGCAAACUUCAGCUUAGUUGGGCUGUGUACAUAUGUGCCUUCCUGGAGUUUCUGUAUGCAUUCCUCAUUCAAAUUGUUGCCCAUCUAUUCCGUACGCAGAAGACGAAACAGGAAGUUGAACACGUAAACUUGGCUGUAGAUGAAGAGUUCCUGGAGUUUGACUCUGCAUUAGGUCCAAAGACUUGGUCAUUCCUUAUUCGACAGAAGAGAGCUAAGUUGAAUAUUUUUGUUCAUUCCGUUAUUGCUGGGGUUGUUGGAGGAGGAGCUGUUUAUUAUAUUAGACCUGUUUCUACAGCGCAUUUUCAUGUGCCUUGGGGAGCAUCACUUGCUUUCACUGUUUUGGGCAUUGUCACGGCAAGUGUUGGUUUGUGGCCUUUGAUAGGAGGUGCCCCACCAGAGCCUGCUUCUUUCCACCCUCUCCCAUGGGACUUGGCCGGACUUUCUCGUCCUCUUCAUAUGAGUGUUUGCAUAGUAGUACAUACUCUUUCAAGUUUCUUUCCAUCUGUUACGUGGCUGUGGGUGCUUGAUGUAUUUUUCCAUUUUGUUUUUGCUUCGUGUUCGAUCUUAUGGUUACUGGGCAUUCUACCUCCUAUUGAUGCUUUUAUUUUGUGGAUUUUGGAGCAGUGGCUUGUUGUAGCCUUGGGAGGGUCUCCAAUGUCAUCAAAUCUUCGACUAAUUCCCCAUGCAUUCUUUGGGACUGUUUUCCUUUGUAUGUCGGCUGCAAUGCCUUCUUUUGAGGGACUCAUGGUCUUCGCUUCUUGCAUCCAAUAUAUCCUUAGCUUAGAUUCUGGGUGGAUUUUGUCGUCAGUGUUAUCCCCUGGAGUCAAAUUUGUAACAGGUUUGACUGGGAAAUAUGAGGAAACGCUCCCUAUAGCUGGAAAACCUUCCUUACGUGCAAAGACUUGCCGGAGAGAGCUUGUUCUUUAUGUGACCCUCUUUGUGGCAAUUAUAGGUCUGAGUCUUGGUUGCCAGUUGCCUAAUGUAGGCUGGUAUGAAGCCAACAUGAAUUGUACAAGAAUUAAGGCAAGAAAUACUUCUGUAAGGAGACCUGUUAACGUAACAACAGAUGCUCACGGAGAUUUGCCAAACUUGCCUGUUUUGUUUCAGGUAUCUGCAAGAGAUGCAGUUGGUUCGGUGGUCAUAUUCCUGGCUCUGUCAGUUUUGGUCAUGAAUGAGUUUCAAAAAGUUUACGUCUUAGGUCUAAUAAGGAAUCCAUUGUAUGUUCAUCGAAAAAUAUUUCAAAAAAACAGUCUGCUCUAUAUGACUUCACAAUUGCUACAGUUUGGAGGACCAUUUGUGUCACUUAUACUUUUGCAUCAGAAUUUCUCUGCAAAAGUUCACUUGCAACUUCAAGCGCCAUUCCAGACUUUUCCAUACUUUUUGCUUACAAUCCCCCUUGUAAGAGCAUUUCGACAAAUAUGGCAGUUUCCUCAGCAAAUGCUUUUGCAACUAUCCCUCUUCUACAUUUUGGAAAUAGUUCAACGUGAAACUUCAAGUAGUUUCCUGGACUAUUGGGGAAAACUUCCUCCUGCAACACGGAUAUUCUUCAUUGGCCUACUUUAUUUAUGGGGAACAAGAUUAGUGCAGAGGAUAUGUACUGUAGUGAUUUUCGUCAUAACAUCUCUGUCUGAAAAGAAGCGACAAACAUCACUCUCCUUUUUUUUCACUGGUUUCAACCUUGCCAUAAUUCCCAUUCUGUUUGGUCUUUUGGUAUUAUCUACAGUCAUAUCGGCUCCUUUAUUACCUCUAUUCACUCUUCCUAUAUUUUUCUUGGGCUUCCCACGCCCUCUGAGAUUUUGGUCAUACCCAGUUGGUCGGUCGUCAAAUUCAUGUGAAGACUCCGUUUAUUACGAACAGCUCACCCCUCAUGUUAUUUUUGCACUUCACAAUUUAGUGCAAAUUGGAUCUUUAGGGUUUGUUGAACCUGGGGAGCACUUCCUUUUACGUUACGAGGAUAGAUUUCUUUGGAUCCAGAUUUUGGAGUGUGGAUUCACUUACGUAUACUACAGUGUCAAAGGGUUGGAACUGCAAGAAACAAGCUGUCAUACAGCUGAAGCCUCAAGAGUUGAUGCUGUAUUUAGUUUUGCCUUUGAUGAUGAUGAAAUGAAGAAAGGAAAGUUAUCAUCAUUUUUCAACCAGUAUGCUUUCCACACACUUACCCCUGUAUCACAAAUCAAUGUUGUUGGUUUCUCUGAUACUAAAAAUGUAUUGACAGGUGUUAUAGACUCUCCAGACACCUUGAAAGUAAUAAAUGAUUAUUUCCACAAAGCACUCAUAUAUUUGAUGAUGGAUUAUGUUGUAAAGCGAUCAGAAAGUGUACAAGGCGAUAAGACACAGACGCCAACAUCAAGUGCUACAACAAAUACAAAGACUCAAGAAAGCUUAAAGGGUUUACCCAAACUAGAGAGAAGGGCUGAGAAUCAUUUUGAAGAAACUAUCCCUCGUGCACAAGUGGAGGUUAAUGAACAAGAAAAAGUAUCAAACUCUGUUGGGAGCCACAUAUCUCAUAACUCACAUCAGUCUCAAAGUGGUCGUACAAGUCGUGUAGCAUGGAUUGAUGACCAAGGAGUAAGAGAGGUCCCCACCAUUCCUGCAGUAGACUCUCGGCCACUCAGUUGGGAUGAUGAGGAGGAUCCUCUAGAUGAAAGUUCUGCUGGGAAGGGUAGGUUAAGUACUCUUAAUAAUGAAGAGAGAGUUACAAUCCAAACAAAAGACUUCAGAAAUAGAGAAAAUAAAAGUGGCCUUCCACCAAUUCAUUAUAAGGCUAAUAACUUUACCACAUCCCUAGGUGAUCUGGAGGAUGAUGAAGACCAGUUGAAUGUUAUUCCAGGGAUCAUGUAUGAUGAAUCUUCUGAUGAUGACUCUAACUUUGAGUCUAUUGCUCCUCUUCAUAAAAUAAGAUUUACUCAUCCAAAACGGAGAAGUGCUGCUCCAGUGCAUGUACGCGUUAUUUCAAGGACAGAUUACCGCACGCCCAUAUACAACAGUCCCUUAAGUGCUGCCCUGGCUCCCCUUGCCAGUUGGUUUAUAGAACUUCCAUAUGACACUGAAGUAGUGGACGAGGUCCAAGACAGUUUUCCUCAUGCAUGGUUCAAGUUUCUACUUAGCAAUUUCGGAAGAACGUACGUUGAACUUCGACAACAGAACUCUGCAGUUUUAGGUAAAGUUUCUGGAUCAUCUAAUAGAGCUGGGCUAGCAAACUCUAAGUCUGGAGGAGACAAGGAAGACCAGAUACAGAAAAUGCAGUAUGAUGAAGACCUGGAAGAAUCUUACAGGAUCAUCACUGGCACCUGUCAUUUGAUAAUUCUUGGUUCUGAAAUCACAAAUCCUACACCUUCUCAAGUUUACAAAACUUUCAGCGGAGAAGUACCUUGGUCUAUGGCACUGGACUGGUUACUAAACAAGAAAGAUCUAUACACUUUGGUAAUGAGGGCUUACAGGAUAGCAGUGAAACUCGCAUUAGAUCACACGCUUAUUGGUCCCAUGACUGGUUGGGCGGAACUUGAAUCAUGUAUGGCAGAUUACUCUCAGAACUGGUUUUUUGGUCCUGAUGGAAAAGCUGCAGAUACAAAUGCACAGCCUCUAGCACAUUUUCUUGCAGAGGAGCAGCCUGGAGCCACAUCUUGGAUGGAGGCUGUCAAACUGGAGGUUCCUAAUUUAUUUUCUAUGGGUUAUAACCCUGUAAAGGGUGUUUAUACCUCUCAUCUUCUGACACUUGGUGACGCUGAAGUUUCUGUGGGAAGGCUUGGUGGGGAAACUGUUCGAGGUCUAUGGGCAUCUUUAGUGGCAGAAUUGCUGUACCUUACUAAUGAUGAUGAUGAAAGAUACUCAAUUCAGGCUCAACCUGGUCUUUUGCGCAAUCUCACUGUACAAGCAGCAGAUCCUCCUCUAGGUUACCCAAUUUUCUCCAGCCCUCCACUACGUUUGGCUGUACCUUGGUUGAAUGCUACCUUACAGCAACUUUAUUCAUCAACAACUCCAAAGGAAGAAAAGGUUAAAGAUACUUCACCAUGAACUUUGCUAUGAAACCUUCAAGAUGACCAAAUAACAUAUGGUUGCCAAAUUAUUUCUUCUCCAACUUGUAGAAAAAUAUAUUUCAUGUGUAAUAUAUAAAGGUAAUGCCACGGAGAAAAAUGAUAAAUGAGAACUGCCGAGAUCUUUCGGUCUUAACGACCCUAUACUUUAUAAAGGCAAGUCUGAUCAGAAUAAUUAGAAACAGUACAGGUAAGCAUAUAUGAAGACAUUACAGUAUUAAUAACACAAGGUCCAAGUCACUUUAAAGAAACUUGGUCACAGGUAAUUUAGUCAGAAAACAAUACAUUUUGUUUUAGGAACAAAGAGGCAUAUGCAAAUGGACGGUACA